UCAUUUGAAUAAAUUUGACAGUUGGAUAACGCUACUCCUGACUGUCUGUACCUUCUGCUUCUAACUCUUCUAAGAAAUUAUUAAUUCAGUGUAUCCUUUCUCUAUGAAAUAUUUUUAAUAGAUUAAUCAGAUUAAUUCCCAUUGUAAAGAGAAGGGAUUUAUGUUAAUAAUCAAAAAAAUAACAAAGUUAACUCGAAAUGGUGCUUACCAAGGAAUACAGAAUUUGUAUGCCCAUGACUGUCGAAGAGUACCAAAUUGGCCAACUUUACAUGAUAGCUCGUCAUAGUUUUGAGCAAUCUAGCAAUGGUGAAGGUGUUGAGGUUGUAGCAAAUGAGCAAGUAGUGGAUCAAAUAUAUGGACAUGGCCAACAUACUGAGAAGAGAAUCCAUCUUUCAAGCCAUUUACCUUAUUGGCUACAAUCACUAAUCCCCAAAGUAUUUUAUGUCACUGAAAAGGCAUGGAAUUACUACCCAUAUACAACAACUGAGUACACGUGCUCCUUUAUACCCAAGUUUGCAAUAUCUAUUCAAACAAGAUAUGAAGAUGACAAUGGAACAACUGAGAAUUGUUUGGGCCUCACCGCUGAAGAGUUAGAACAAAGGGAAGUUGAUUUUCUUGAUAUUGCAUAUGAUGACAUAAAGCCACAUCACUACAAGGAAGCAGAAGAUCCCAAAUAUUAUAAAUCUGAAAAGACUGGCCGUGGCCCUUUGGUGGAAGGCUGGCGGGAUACUCAAAAACCUAUUAUGUGUUGCUAUAAAGUUGUCAGUGUCAAGUUUGAAGUAUGGGGCUUACAAACCAAAGUCGAAGAAUAUGUGCAAGGAGCAAUUCGUGAAAUAUUAGUGUUGGGACAUCGUCAAGCAUUUGCUUGGAUGGAUGAUUGGUAUAAUAUGACUAUUGAUGAUGUGAGGGAAUAUGAGUCUGAAAUGCAGGCAAAAACCAAUAUUAAGAUGAAAGAUACUAUUGAAAAUGUUGAGCAAGGCGAAGAAAUCAAAUUUGAUUCUUCUAAACCAAACACUCCAAAAUCACCAAAGAGCCCAGGAGCUACUCCAACCUCAGAGGCAAAGUCAUGGUUCUCAUGGUCUUAAAAUACAUCUAUGUAUUUAGUUGAAUUCAACCUGAUCUCAUUGCAGCACAGGGUUUAUUUUGUGAACUAAAGGUGUUCAAAUAUUGCCUACUAGAUUGUCUACUAGUUCAUAAUUAUCAAACAUUCUUCAUACCUUUAAAAUAACGUAAAUUAUUGUAAUAUUUAGGGAUGCAAAAAAUACCAUUUUUGUUUGGCGGUUUUAUUGAAAAUGGAACUUGUUGCAAUAACGGUGAACACUUCAACAAGGUACCAAUUGAACCAUACUUCUAAUCUUAAAGAUUAUGAAAUUGAUGAUUCUUAAACUGAACUUGACUUAAUCAAUCUAACCAUAUCACAAUAAACUAAACUAGUUUUGAAUAAAUGCGUCGUAUAGCAUAAUAAUUGUAUUAUGUUAUCUCUUUCAACGAAUUACGCAUAUUUCUAUAAACUCAUAAUAUAUCUGGAUAAGACGUACUAAUAUAGCAACGAUACUGGAAAUGCCUAGUCACCAUUACCACAGCAAAGCGAGGAUAUGAAGGUUUCUUUCACAACAA